GAUCUUGCUCACUGUCAGCGUGUGCACGAAGCCAAUGGGCGCACCGGCUCCUUUGACGCAUACAAACUUGACUUUGUCGAGGGGCAGAGCCAACCCGUGCGCUGUCAUCUUGUUGCGCAUGCCGAGGAGACAGCUCAGCGACUGUCACUCUUCCUCCGAGCUGUAGGUGAGCUGCCAAUGAGUGGAAACGAGUGCACGGCACUCAAAUGUACUCUGGACAACUGCAUCUGCGAGACCAUUUCCAUAAGCGCAUGGAUCAGCGACCAACUGGCUUUCUGCUUCUUCCGAGCGAAGCAACAAUGCUCUACUGCAUCAGCAGCUUAUUGCAGUGUCUUGCAGAGAAAGAGCGGAUGCAAGAGCCAGGAGAGCAGUGGCAGCUGGACUUGAAUGGAGCGCUGCAGCUCUAUGACCUUCGUAUGGACGCUCAGGAUCUACGCCUGUUCGACUACGUUCCGCUUCAGCUGGCUCCCUUCGAUAGCACCUCCAUCAAGGUCUAUGCAGGAGAGCUGCUGCCAAAUGGGUACGACUUUGAAAGCCACUUUGACCACGAAUGGGCUGGUCCUGAUCCGGAUGAUGAGGGCAGACUCUUGCGCGAACCCCUCACCAUUCGUCUUGCCCUCUCACCCAUCAAGGCCAGUGCAUAUGCGGUGAUGCACGUCCGACAUCGUCAAAGCAGGUGCCCAGCCUCUGUCCAGAGAUCUCUUCAGCUUGCUGAGUAUCUACUUCGCUUGGUCUGCAUUGAUCGCCUGUCCGCAUGGCGUGAUCUUCCCAUGCCAGCCGGAGUUUCAUGCCCAGACAAUCUGGCUCCGCGCUCUGAAGCCGCGCGUCGUUUUGCACCCUUGCUGAGGCCCAGUUCUGCGCGAGUCAAGAGCACUGCUUCCCGUAGGCGCGAUGAUGAACAACGGACCUCUUCCCCGGAUCCUACCGGACCAAGCAAGCGUCGACCGGACUCGCAGCAAGGGCAGAUGCACUCUGGCAGCAAACGACGGCGCUCCACCUCGAUGUUUAGCCAGAAAGACGAGUCGGCAGAUGCAUAUCGAGAAGUCUGCAUUCUACCGGCCAGUCAAGAACUGCCGUCCGGACUGGCCGCGCUUAUUCGUCCCGCAGACUUUGCCCCUACCGAGCUUGUGCGAUACGAGGAGCUGCUGCAAGACUUAGCGACCGAAGUCAGACUUGGCCAGGAUGAUCGGACCUCCGUCAUCCUUGCAAGGCUGCUAGGUCUCGAUGACGAACACGAAGCGGAAGCGAGCGCGUUCGACAAGCAGGUCGAAAUUUUGCUGCAAGAGAGGCAAGACAGGAAAGAUCGCGAGGCUUGGGAACGCGAAGAGCUUGAGGAGGCAGCCUUGGAGCGGGAAGCUGAUGGCGAAGAGUAUUGGGAGCGCGCUUCUGACGCGUUCGGGCAUCGUGAAGGAAGCGCGGCGGAGGAAGAGGUGGGUGGAUCGUCGGCCGAGGAGGAUGUGGAAACCGAUUCUAGCGGUCAGUCACGUCAAGAGGACGAGCAUGUGGCACAGCAAGAAGGAGGAGCUACUUCAGACUCUCGAAAGCCCUCAUCGCCCCUCAAGUGGCACAUGUCAGAUACCACGCCCACGCUACAACGCUGACGGGCGUGAUCGAGCAGCUACACUGGCCACAAAGACCAAGCACGCCGGCUUGACCUCCCAUGAUGUUCUCGCUUCUGCAUUUCUUUGGCCAGCAAGAAAGCCUUGCCGGUGUGGUGAGCGACCUGCUCGGCGCCACACCUUUCAAGGCUUCGCCAGUAGCGAUGUGCCUACGCCUCCGUCAGGAGCUACCUUCGUUCCGACGGGCAGCUUACUCGUUGGGACGAGAGUGGCGUGUACGGCUCUUUGCCUUCGCUGUUAAGCCGAGCGAAUGCACAGAUUCUGCUGCAGU